UUUCUGCAGGACACAUCGACCAUCAAUCACUUCAGGAUGUCAGCUAUCGGACUUUUGCUGUUGGGCGUGGUUGCGGCGGUGGGCGGGGCCAACGUGUUCCCCGAGCCACGCCUGGAGACGUUGCCCUGCGGAACGACCACCAUGAACCCCGGCGAGCGAGUGGCCAUCCAGUCGCCCAACUUCCCCCAAAACUACGAUACGGACUACAGGUGCCAGUACGAGAUCACGUGCAACCCCAUGGAGUCUACCUACUUGGAGUUUAUCUGUCCUACCUUCGAACUGGAAUCGUCCACCGACUGCCUCAAUGACCGCCUGGUGGUGACUUACCAUGGUUCUCGCGAAGAGAAAUGCGGCAGCGACAGUCCCGACGGAACCAUCACCUCCGACGGAUGGACGCGCCUCACCUUCGCCAGCAACGCCGCCACCACGGCCCCUGGCUUCCGCUGCUACAUCUGGUGUCGCGAACAGACCACUACGACCUCCACCACCACUUCAACGACAACCACAUCUACCACUACUACACCUACCACCACUACCACCCCUACUACCACUACUACAACUACAACACCUACCACCACCACUACCCCUACAACUACCACCACACCUACCACCACCACCACACCCACCACAACUACACCCACCACAACCACACCCAUCACAACCACUCCAUCUGCUAGAAAAACUGCAAUAACUACCAAUUCAUCUUCGCACUGUAACAACUACCGCCACUGCUACAAACACAACGCCCUUUGUAAACCUCUCACAUCUACAACUCCCCUAUCCAUUACAAUCUCUGCAAAAUCACAAAUACAAGACAAACCAGUGCUUUGCGAAAUUCACCCAGUGGCUUUUACAAUCCUUAAAUUGAAACACUGCUCAUGUGGAGAGGGCUGUUAUCUUGGACGAGGUAAAAUGGCUCUGAUUCAGGGAACACCAUGUCCGUCACCAUGGAAGAAACAUCUUGUCAGGGAUUUCCAUUUAGGUAUACCCCAUAAAUCUGCCGAGCCUGACAUCCGUCAACUCCCCGACACCGCUGCUGUGGUGCCCACUUCUGGCCUUGUCUCUGCUGGAACCAGUUGCCUGGUAUCGUUGGAUCCACAGAUCCACGGGUGCCCACUUCUGGCCUUGGAUCCAGUUGCCCAGUGUCGCUGGAUCGACAGAUACACGGUUGGCUUCGAAAUCCCUAAACCUGAUAUUUCGGAUCUUGAUAGUUACUUAGACGAUCGUUUCGGUUUCAUCUGCUCUCGACAUGUUGGUUUUCUGCAGGACACAUCGACCAUCAAUCACUUCAGGAUGUCUGCUAUCGGACUUUUGCUGUUGGGCGUGGUUGCGGCGGUGGGCGGGACCAACGUGUUCCCCGAGCCACGCUUGGAGACGUUGCCCUGCGGAACGACCACCAUGAACCCCGGCGAGCGAGUGGCCAUCCAGUCGCCCAACUUCCCCCAAAACUACGAUACGGACUACAGGUGCCAGUACGAGAUCACGUGCAACCCUAUGGAGUCUACCUACUUGGAGUUUAUCUGUCCUACCUUCGAACUGGAAUCGUCCACCGACUGCCUCAAUGACCGCCUGGUGGUGACUUACCAUGGUUCUCGCGAAGAGAAAUGCGGCACCGACAGUCCCGACGGAACCAUCACCUCCGACGGAUGGACGCGCCUCACCUUCGCCAGCAACGCCGCCACCACCGCCCCUGGCUUCCGCUGCUACAUUUGGUGUCGCGAACAGACCACUACGACCUCCACCACCACUUCAACACAACCACAUCUACCACUACUACACCUACCACCACUACCACCCCUACUACCACUACAACAACUACAACACCUACCACCACCACUACCCCUACAACUACCACCACACCUACCACCACCACCACACCUACCACCACCACCACACCCACCACAACUACACCCACCACAACCACACCCAUCACAACCACUCCGGUCUGCUAGAUUAAGAAGCAUGUACUAACUGCUUACUCGCCUCAGCAGGCUAUCAACAUCGCCUUGACAUUAAACAGGAAAAGCGUAAUACAAAUGUCGUUAAGUUGAAAUUGAAAACAUGCUGACAUUCCCAAACCAUUAUGAGGCGAACACGGUUACUACAAUGAUGGUUGGAAAGGUAGUUUAGUAGAGCGGUACUGAUGGAGUUGAAGCCCCCUACACAAUAAAUUCGCAUUCACCA